ACUAUGUGGUCAGAAAUUGUAGAAUAUUUAAAAGAUGCGUCUUUAGUAGCAAAAAUACAAAAUUGUUUUGGUGUUAAAAUACAUUAUACUAGAACUUUGAAAGAACAUUGUAAGAAAAAUUCGUGUUCGACAAUCCAUGAUACUAAUUGUCGAAAUACUGAAUGCAAUUCAAAUAGUUGUCAAUUUAAACCUGAGGGAGCGAAAGAAAAUGGUUAUACUAUAACGGGAAAGAGAUCUCUUUGUGGGGCUAAAACAAGUAUAUACACGAGUGAUAAACAAGAACAAUCAUUUGUCUUUAAUUCGAAUCAUACUAUAACAAAUUACUUUUGGUAUUAUUUGUUUUUAUUUGGGACAGAAUUAGGGGAUGAAAUAUUUUAUUCUACAUUUAUACCUUUUUGGUUCUGGAAUAUUGAUGGUGCAGUGGGUAGAAGAGUUGUUUUAGUAUGGGCUAUUAUUAUGACAACAGGUCAAAUAUUAAAAGAUGUUAUAUGUUGGGCAAGACCUGCAUGUCCUCCAGCGGUUAGAUUACAAGUAAAAUGGUCAGAAGAAUACGGAAUGCCAUCUACUCAUGCUAUGAUUGGUAUAUCGAUACCAUUUAGUGUAGUAUUAUUUACAAUGAAUAGAUAUAUCUACCCUGUUUCUAUUGGUUGGACAAUUGCAAUUCUGUGGUGUACACUUGUGUGUAUGAGUAGACUAUAUCUGGGUAUGCACACAGUGUUAGACAUUUUAGCAGGCUUAAUAUUGGCCAUUGCACUGAUGAUUCCAUUAGUACCUUUAGUGGAUUUUACAGAUUAUUAUAUUCUUUCAAAUAUUUGGGCUUUAGCAAUUUUGAUUGCCAUUAGUAUAGCCAUCAUAGUUUAUUACCCAUGCAGCAGGAAAUGGACACCAACCAGAGGUGAUACUACUAUGGUAGUAUCUGUUACUACUGGAGUUCAUUUAGGAGCUUGGCUUAACUAUAAUACUGGAGCUAUGAUAGCUCCUAUAAAAUCACCACCAUAUGAUAUUAUAUGGCCAACUUAUUCAAUGUUUGGUUGCAUGAUACUUAGAACAAUACUUGGAUUUUGCAGUGUUUUUGCAACAAGAAUUGUUUGCAAAUCUCUUAGUUAUGGAAUAAUGUGUGCCAUAUUAAGAGUUAAUUCUAAGGACCUUAUGAAAAGUCAAAAUUAUUCUGAAGAUAAAAAUAAGGUUCUUGUUGAUCUAGUCUACAAAUAUGUGACUUGUUUUAUGAUAGGUGUAAAUACAGUAUAUCUCUUGCCAAAUGUAUUUUCCAUGAUCGGAAUCGAACGACCGACAUUUUACACAGAAAUAUAAAACAUUUUUUUCACAUAUAAAAA